AUGGUGAACAUGUCUAGUAGCGCGAUCUUUACUAAUAAUUCUAAAGGCAACAUACCGCUGCAAUACUACAGCAAAACUAGUAACAACAGCAACACAUCGGCGCCUCAUCGUCACCUCGAAACCGCUGUGAAAAUGUUCAAAUAUCAAAAUAUCGCACCGGCGCCCACUGGGUUGUCUGCUGCUAGUGCUGAGAUUAAAACGCGCAAAUAUACGCCGCGUGCACCCAGCGCCGGUGGUGGACCUUACAGCGUCGAUCAGACGCAAUCAGUGCAGCGCCGCAAUGCGCGUGAACGCAAUCGCGUCAAACAGGUGAAUAAUAGCUUUGCGCGCUUACGCCAACACAUUCCACAGACAAUCAUUACCGAUUUGCUGAAAGGUGGCGGCCGUGGACCGCAUAAGAAAAUCAGCAAAGUGGAUACGUUGCGCAUCGCUGUUGAAUAUAUUAGACGGUUGCAGGAUUUGGUGGAUGAUUUGAAUGCGGGUGGCAGUGGUGGUAGUAGCGCGGCUCAGAAGUGUAACAGUGCGCGCGCCAACGCUAGCGGGCUAUUAGCGCUCGCCACAGACAAUAACACAACAUCCAGUAAUAGCUCAUUCAGCAGCAGUGUCAGCGCCAGCAGUAAUCUUAGCCUGCUCGCCGCGGAUUCACCAGCGCGCAACUCACCGAGUGCCACCAGCGGGGUUGCUGCAACGGAGCAGUUGUAUUAUAGCGCGGCUAAUAGCAAGCUGCAAGCAUUCACACAGCAACAACAACACCACCAUCAUCAGCAGCAGCAUCAGCAGCAACAAUUUACCUCCGCGCUACUCACCGCCGAAGCAUUGCAAGCGUGUUCGCCGCAGCCAUUGCAGACACAGCUUGAUGCUGGUUGCCCUUCGCCCACCUCAUCUUUCAACUCCAGCAUGUCCUUUGAUUCGGGCACUUUUGUGCAUUCGCCAGCGCCACAGCAGCAGCUAUCGCCGCUGCGACACACUACUGCGGAAGCGCAGCGCGGCAGCAGCAAUAACAACGCGAGUGCGCAGAUCGAUGCGAAUUUGCAGCUGAAGUUUGAGCCAUAUGACAGCUUCAAUUUGCAUGAGGAGGACUGUACGCCCGAUGACGACGAGAUACUUGACUACAUAUCGUUGUGGCAGGAGCAGUGA